GUGCCUCCUCCUCCUCCUUUCCCCCCCCCCCCUUCCCCGCGGCCCCGGCACCCGCCCCCGCCCGCCCGCUCCCGGCCUCUGCGCGCCGCCCGCCCGGGCCGUGCCGGAUCGCGACGCCCUGCGGCGAGGGCGGGCGGCGGCAGCGGGGGCGCCUCAUCCCCAUCCCGCAGCCGGGCGGCUGCCGAAGAGGCGGCAGAGGAGGCGGCGCUGACGCAGCAGCGUGGAGCCCGGGACUCGGGCGCCUCGGGAGGGCUCCCGUCGCUGGAUCUCGCCCCGGCCGGGGCCUGCGGCUGCCCCGCGGCGCGGGAGCGCGCCCCGGAUUGGACAUUGAUCCUAUGACGCAUGCCCGGAAGAAACAACUUUUCCUUCUGAAACAUCCAACUGGUUCUGCUGGCCAAGCUUCAUCACCAACAGGCGGCAGGAGGAUGGACAGGACCGAGGCAGAGUGUGGCGAGCAGAGGGAUGGAGAUGCCACCGAGGCUGCGAACUGUCCGAGUGGGUUUGCAGGGACGAACAAAACCAAGAAUUUGCAUGAAGUGCGAAAGACGUACCCACUGCGGAGACGCAUGCACCCCUCGGUGAACAAAAAGACCUGCAAAGUGCUCCUCACCAGGCUGGAGGAUGUGGCUGGAUCUCUGUCGAAACAGACCCAGAGCUGUAAAAAAAAGGACCUUCCUAGCUGGAUGGAGGGUUUGGGACCUACUUUGUUCCCCGAACAGGUUCAGCCUGUGGGAGCAGGGAAGAGUGAUUCAUCUGGGGAAAAGUGCACAAUAAUGUAUCCAGGGACAGAGCAAGACCUUGAUACUGCUCAGUCAGAGCCCAGGAAGCGCAGGCUGGCCUCGUUGAACGCAGAGGCAGUGAACAAUCUGCUUUUCGAACGGGACGACGGCUUAUUAUCUGGCAGGCGUUUUCGGAGAGACUCCGUUAAAGCUGGUGGAGACUGUGCUGUUAAGAGCUUGCAUUGCAAAGCUGGUGACAACUGGCCUGCAUUGGAAAAAACGGCGGUGAAAACAGGUAAAGGAAAAAACCGGCAUGAGCCCAGUCAGAAAUGCAAUAGCUGUGACCAUUCACUAGAUGAGGUCUUUGAUGAUGGGACAAAGAGGGAGGAUGGUGCCAUCUCCUAUCAUCCCACCCCAAAGAGACUGGCCAGCCUGAAUGCCGUGGCCUUUCUGAAGCUGACCCAUGAGAAAGACCAACCCCUGAAGCAGAGGAGUAAAUCGGACGGAGAGGGCAAGUCCGAGAACCACUGUUCAAAAUCUACGCUCAAAUGGGCCAAAGCCAGUAGGAAGAAUUGUGUCAAAUCCAAGAAGGAGAUGGCUAGCUUAAAAAUGGAAGGUCAGCGUGGCUGGCGAGGACUUACUCUAGGCGCUUUUGGGAAAGGAGAGCAGUGGGACUCCUCUAGGCUCUACGGGACGACAGAACCUGUCGCUUACGAGUCGCUGUCUAGUUCCUACGCUAGCACGGAGGGUUUCUACCACAGACUGCCUUUGCUUAUGGGUGGACAAGCUUCCAUGAAGCCGGAGUAUGGAAGACCCGGAGAGAAAUCCCCGACCCCCAAACAGGAGUUUCAUCAGCCUUCCUUUCCUGUGCAGCAGUUCCCUCCUUUGCCUGUGCCCGGAAAUCACACGGAUUGUGGAUGUCUCUACGAAUCCUCGGAUCUGACCCCAUUGAACGGGUUUUACGUUUAUUAUGGCCAAAGUGGAUACAGUGGCUACUCUCACUGCUCCGUUUAUCCCAAGGACGAGCUUUCACAAUCUGCUACCUGCGAGGGGCUCUUGGUAUCGCCCAGUUCCUUGCCAUCAGGUGCUCAUUUCCAGCCACUCCACUGGUGUAACUCUCCGUACUGUUGUGGAGAGGGAACGGCAAUUAACAGUUACAGCGUCUGUGGAGUCGUGCACGUGCCAGAGGGCAGGAUUAGCAGCGUGCACGCAGGACGGAACAACUACCCUUACAAAAUGCCUUUUGCAGCAGAAGGCUGCAAGUCUCUGGACCAGCUGAACCUCACAAUCCCUGUGGCAGGGCACCCCGCGUCACCUGCCCACCCGCUCUCAGGAUGUCCUGUACCCAGCGUGCCACCGGCUGCAGAACCCGUUCCUCACCUGCAGACCCCCAACUCUGACCCUCAGACCAUGGCCCGAGAAUGUCCACAGAGCUCAAAGCCUCCCAGCGGCUCCAAAUCCGGUCUCCGAAAUACUACGGGCUGUCUCCACGCCUCUGACAGCAAAGCAGCGGGAGGGCAUUCCCAUCCAAAGCAGCAACGCAUUAGCAGGAGGAGAGCUACCAACGGCUGGAUGCCCGUCGGCACAGCCUGCGAGAAGGCCGUCUACGUUGUGAAUGAACCAGAGCCGGCUGUUCGCAAGAGCUAUCAGGCUGUGGAGAGAGACGGCGAGAUUAUCCGGGUACGAGAUACUGUCCUCUUGAAAUCAGGCCCCCGGAAGAAAUCGAUGCCGUAUGUCGCGAAGAUAUCGGCGCUGUGGGAAGACCCCAAAACAGGGGAGCUGAUGAUGAGCCUCCUGUGGUAUUACAGACCGGAGCACACUCAGGGAGGCCGCAAUCCCAGUAUGCACCAGAAUGAGAUCUUCGCAUCCCGGCAUCAGGAUGAAAACAGUGUUGCCUGCAUAGAGGAGAAAUGCUAUGUGCUGACCUUUGCAGAGUACUGCAGAUUUUGUGCCUUGGCAAAGCGUCGAGUCGAAGGGAUCCCAGGCAGGAAAACCAUGAUGGUUCCUCCCUCGGAAGAGUACUCCACACCUCUGCACCGCAAGGUGCCCGAGGACACUGACCCCGAGCUGGUUUUCCUCUGUCGUCACGUCUACGACUUCAGACACGGGCGCAUCUUGAAGAACCCGCAGUAGCACCGUUCUUCGGUCGGACCGCGGUGAGGAGAAGCGGCACCGGAGAGCCGGCGGCAGGCUGACUGCCUGGGACAUCUGUGCGCUCCCGAUGACGUACCUUGUGCUGCUUGCGGACGAGAGCGCCCGGUGCUCUUCCCUCGGACUGAAAAGCGUGCGCAGGAGCAGAUCCCUGCGGAGGAAGGCAGCAGUUGAAAGCACAGCACUUCGUUAAAAGCAUAAAUGAAAAUAUAUACGUAUAAAAUAAAUAUAUGUAUAUAGAUAUAGGUACUUGCAUAUGUAAAUCUAUAUCUAUAUAUGUAUCUAGAGAUGCAUAUAUUGGGAGGGGUUUGCAGGGGAUAAAAGCCAGUAAACUGAGUCCAGAGCCAUCGCUGGUGGGGACGGUGGAAGGUGCAGGAGGGAUGCUUUGGCACGUUGUGCGAGUCAAGCUGUGACAGUUCUGUGGUUUUUGUGCCCUGGCGUGAGGUGUGAGGACUGAGAGCGGAUCCUUGGCAGAGCACAGGAGGCUGCUUUGUCCCACAGGACAGACUGUGAGGAUUCCCGGUGGGCAGAGCUUCGUCACAGCGCACCCGUUGCUCUGGAACCUGCCUGGAUGCAGAGUGGCCUUGUGUCGUGCUUGAAUCGGUUUUGCUCUGUCAGGGAAAGAGCUGACCCGUUUUCCCUCAUCCUUCUCUUCCCUCACUUCGCCAUUCUGUGAUUCACCGCCUGGACUGGGGCUCGCAGCCGGGCUUGGCAGUCGGCUCCGUCGCAGAGCAGAGCGGGAGCCGGCAGGAUCCUGGGCUUUACAUCCCCACGCGGUGUUAUGCAGAGCUGCGCGUCUCUCGCAGAUGCCCUGACCGUGCCCCGGAAAGCACAGC